GCCGAUUGGCCGCUUUUGUGGCGUCCCCCGAUUUCCGCCGGUGUUUUGGCCAUUUGCGCGCCAUUUUUUGCACGGCCUUUUGAGGUGCGCUGAGGUGGCCAAAGCCAGCGCCAUAAAUCACAUGGCAUAAUUGUGCAUGUUGAACCAACAGCUUGGCUCACAGCUUGGCCAGCUAGUUAGCCAGACACAGACGGACAACAAGUGGAAGCCUUUGAUAUAGGCGCUGUAAGCCAAACGCAGGUCAAAAGAGUAAAAAAAAAAUACCAUAAACAAAAGCUGCUUAAAGCUAAUGCGUAAAUUGUGCAUGGAUUAGAGAGCCCAUCCAGAGCCGCCAAUAGGAUUUAUUUAUAUAUAAAUAUCUAUUUAUAUUUAGCGGAGCAAAUUGAUUUCCAAUCUAAAUUGCGUUGCUAUGAAGGCAACGGCCAACAGCAGCAGCAGCAGCGCCGCCAGCAGCAUCAACCACUUGGAGCCACUGGCGGCCCCCAGCAGCAGCAGCAACAGCAACAGCAAUAGCAACAGCAACAGCAACAGCAACAGCAGCAACAGCUGUAAGCCGCGGCAGCCCAAAGUCUCAUUCGCACCGCUAGACAUUCCGGCUCCAUCGGCCGCUACGUGAUACGCGAACAUGCCGCACCACAACAUCGUUUGCGAGUGGCUGCGCACUAUCGGGCUGCCGCAGUACGGCGAGAGCUUCCUGGAGAACGGCUACGACGAGCUGGAGAUCUGCAAGCAGAUUGGCGAGAUCGAUCUGGAUGCCAUCGGCGUGGACAACUCCUCGCAUCGCGGCAAGCUGCUCAAGAGCGUGCGGGCGCUGCGCGAGAAGGGCGCUGCGAUUGUCUAUGUGCUCAUCAACGAUCCGAAGGCGCUUAGCAACAGCAACGAGAUACUGGCCUCCGACUGCGACUCGCCCAUCACCAUGAAGGAGCUCGAGGGCGUGAUGAAGCGCCACCUGGAGGCCGACGGCAUACGCCUCACAGCCCAUCCCUACUCCUCGCCGGAGGGCAAGCGCGGCUACUUGGAGGGUCUCGCUGCGCAUUAUAGCAAGCAGAUUAAUAUGCCCUACGAGGACGUACUGGAUGCCAUCGAGCAGGUGCGCGUGUCCAAGUGGAAGGAGCGCCAUGUGCGCAUCUCGACGGGACAUACGCUGUCGCGACGCAGCGCUGGCGUCGGCAGCGGCAGCGGCAGCGGUGGGGGCAGCGGCGGCAGUGGCAGCAGCAGCGCAACGGGCGGACUGGUGGGCUCCUCGGUGCUGCCCACCAGCCACAGUCAGCCGCUUUAUGUGCCCGGCAAGUAUUUGCCAUCGAGCUGCCUGUCGAACCGCGAGGAGAACGAGAUCUACAGCUACACCCAGAACGAUUUGGCCAAUCGGAUGGCCCGCAACGCCAUCGACUCCAAGUCGGCGCUCAAUUUGAAUGGCAUGCAGCACAGCUAUCCCGGAGCGCGCACCAACUUCUUUUACGACUUUUCGGCAACAGAGGGGCGCAACAAGAACAAACAGCGACGCACGGUGUUCGCCCGCUUCCUGCAGGGCCUGCGGCAGAGCGGAGACGAGCUCAAUGCCAACGAGGGCAUGCAACUGAAGACGAACGAGCGCUUGAAAAGCUGCGGUACCAUGAAACGACCCGAACCGCCGCAGGACUUUGAGAAGACCAUACAGCGUCUGAAGACGCAGAAGGCGGCGCAGAAGAAACCAGCCAGCGCUCCCCUGGACAUGGCCCUGCACGAGCGCAACAAGGAGGUGGCCCACAGCCUGGCCACGGAGAUGCCAUUGAACAAUUACACGAAGCAUCCCUAGGACACGGUCAUCAGCAUCGAUGCUGCAUAAGAUUUACAUAUUUAAGAGACAUGCACUCAUGUCACUGGAGGAGUUGGGCCCGGGUGAUACACACGUUAAGCGAGCAAUACGAAUUUAUAAUAAGCUUAGUCUAGUUGAUAGUUCAGUGUAAAGGUGAUAUUGAACAGCAUAGGAGCUAGUUGUAUAACAGUUGAUAGACAGUUCGCAGCGAACUGCAAAUAGACAGUUGAAGCCAUUACAAUAAUUACAAAAGCAAUCCAAUAGAUUAUUCACAUCCAACUCGAGACCCAAAGCCAGUUGAACUGAAUUUCAAGUUUUUUGUUUAACAUAUGCAUCGCAAGGACUUAAUUACAUUUAUUUUUGGGCACACACACACAGUUAGCUAAAAGCUAAAAGCAUUCAAAUCAAUCAAAAGUUCUUCUAACAUGCCAGAGCAUAUGCCAUACUUGAUAUUCCAUGAGCUGCAUUCAGGCACUGAAAUAACUAGAGGCAAACGCAUCCGAAAACUUGGCAAGGAAUGUUGACAAAACGCGAAAUUCCAACAAGAUUAACGCUGAAUCAACACGACCACACAUACACACCCACACACACAUACACACACCCACACACACACAUAGACGAAUGCACACGCACAGCAAACUUGCGCUAACCGCAGACGUUGCAUAGACAAUCCAGCAACUGCUGCUGGUUGCGGUCCUCGCUGCUCUGCCCGGAUGCUGCUGCUGCUCCUGCUACUCCUGCUGGAUGACUGGGAUGGGUACAUCUCGCAUUGGAGUGCAUCGAUUUUGGUCUUUGGCUUAUUGGGUGGGCGUUGCUGGAUGUGGGCAGCACUCGCUGCCGUUGGCUUUUUUGCAUUUUAAUUGCAUGUCGCGCAGAAAAGUAUGCAACGAAGUUGACACUGGCCAGAGCCAGGCUUAACCUCUCUCUCAUUCUCGCCCACCCUCUUGCUGAAUGGAAUUUGCAUUUUGCAAUGAAAGCGGGCAAAAGCAUUUGAAAUUCGCUUAUAAUUUUAUUUGCCUUUUGGCCGAGAGGCAGCAAAAAUGGUCGAUAAGAGAGACAGGCACGCCGUUGUGCUCGCAAUUCGCGGACUCACAAAUGUUUCAGUUCCUGUUGCUGGCCACUGCAUCUAUUAUUAAAUGUCGGCUGGCGCCUUAUGGAGCUGCCAAAAUUGAAACAUUUAGCGGAUACGUGAGUGCAAAACAAAAUGCUCCAAAAACUAUGGCCAUUUAAUGGGGCUUGCGUGCCCGCGUUUCCGCAUCCGCAUCCGCAUCCACAUUCACAUUCACUUCCCCAUUCCCAUCCCCAUCCUCAUCCGUUUGUUGGCAGCCCUCAGUGUGAUUAGCCAAAGUACUUUGCUGGCAGCCGAAAAGGCUGUUUUUGUCGCCGUUUUGCCAAAGAUAUCGACAGAGCCGUUCUGGGCAACGCUUUCGCCUUUCGUCUAGCCAAUUCGCGGCGCAAAUUAACAAUGAUUGCAAAUUGUUGCAUUUGUGGAAUCUGAUGUGUGCAACGUGCUCAAUUAUGCCGGACUUCAAACUUGAUUGCGAAUCGCUUGCUUUAUGAAAUAUCCUUUAUUUCACUCGCUGUUGUCUCAUGUGUGUGUGUGCGUGUGUAUUAUUUGCUUUUAAUUUUUGUUAACGUGCAAUUAAGCUGGCGCUUGUGCUUGCGAUGCAGGCCUCGUUUGGCAUUUUAUCAUUUCAUCAUUGAAAUUUAAUUAAAUGCAAUGAAAGCUCAUUCGUAAAAUCAACCAGCCAUAGUGAAAUAGUAUAGAGACAAACAAAAUGCAAACAGUGAAAAAAGGUGAAAUUAAAUAUAGGCAA